AUAUUCCCUCUCUCCUGUCUCCGCAUAUUCCAAUUCCCCCCCUUUACCCUUCUCCCUCUCCCUCCCCUUUAUAUCAUCCGCUGGCCCCGGCUUCUUCCCUCUAUCUUUCUCUCUUUCGUUGAUCUUUUUCCUUCCUCUGGUACCUCCGUUGUCUUCUGAUCAUACGUAGACUGGAAAAGGUGGGUUCUUGAAGAUGAAAUUUGGGAAGAGUCUUAGUAACCAGAUCGACGAGACUCUGCCGGAGUGGAGGGACAAGUUCCUCUCCUACAAAGAUCUCAAGCGGCGCCUCAAGCUCAUCGCUGCCGGUGGAGGAGGGGAGAGGCCGGCCAAGCGACCGAGGGUGGCCGAUGACGACCGCGCCGCCUCCUCGGCGCCGGAAGACUCGGCGAUGCGGGAGGAGGAGGAGGAUUUCAUGAGGCUCCUCGAAUCGGAGCUUGACAAGUUCAAUUAUUUCUUUGUUGAGAAGGAGGAGGAGUACAUCAUCCGCCAGAAGGACCUGCAGGAUCGAGUUGCGGAAGCCAUCUCGAAUAAUUCCAAGGAGUUGAUGAAAGUGAGCAAGGAAAUUGUAGAUUUCCAUGGGGAGAUGGUCCUCCUCGAGAACUACAGUGCGCUCAACUAUACGGGGCUGGUGAAGAUCCUGAAGAAGUAUGACAAGAGGACAGGAGCACUUAUGCGACAGUCCUUUAUCCACAAGGUGCUGCAGCAGCCCUUCUUCACCACGGAUCUGUUGUACAAGCUUGUGAAGGAGUGUGAGGCCAUGCUGGACCAACUCUUUCCCAAGAACAAAUCCUCAACUUCCGAGGAAGACUGUGUUAGGGAGAAGGGAGAACAGAAGCCAGCAGAACCCAGAUCCUCACUGGCCGGAGGGGUUCUGGAGUUGGAGGAGAUCGAGUACAUGAAGAGCUUGUACAUGAAGAGCACGAUUGCAGCAUUGCGGGCCUUGAAAGAGAUUAGGAGUGGGAGUUCCACCGUGAGCUUCUUCUCAUUGCCUCCCUUGCAGAACAGUGGAUUGGAAGAAAGGUGGAACAACGUUCCUGUAUUAGAACAAGUAGCCAAGUAAUCACGAAUGAUGCUUCAAAAGGUUAAUACUCGUGUGGAUAGUCGUGGGAUUUGAUCGGAGAUGGAGCACCAUCUCCACUUUUUGUAUCUUCAUCAUAAGCUUACCUGUAUUAGAUCCCAAUACGCCCAAUAUUCACUCUAUUCUCCAAAAUGUUUGCAAGGAUGCAUUGAUUUGCUUUUA